AUGGUGAAAUACGUCGACACCGGCGCCGACACCGCCGCCGGCAGCAAUAAAAAGAUGCGCAAAGGCUUCAAGUCGGACCGCCUAGAGAACUACAAGCGCAUGCUGGCCAAGAAGAGCGGCAAGACAGUCAGGGAUGCCCCGACGUGCACGGCGCGACCCAAGGCACUGACGUUCGACGAUUCCUCGCGCAGAGACUAUCUGCUUACGCUGCACAAGAAGAAGAACGAACGACGUGUACAGGCUUUCGUGGACGCGAAGCGCAAACAGCGCAAGGACAGCGCCAAGACCCGGCGAGAGCAGCGCGAGGAGGCGCGACGGGCGUACAACAACUACGCUCGUGUGCCAAUUUUACCUGACUAUACGUACCGCCUGCCAAGGCAACAGGACGACAUGUUCGCCGACGACGAGGAAGAUGAGGGGAGAGAGGGGGAGGACGGCUACAGUAGCCAGAGCGCGGAGGACGGGGAGGGGGACGCCGACAUACCGUGGAUAAGCGUCGGCGAUCCGGAGGCGGCCGCCGACGGCGCCAUCGAGGAGUUGGAGGCCGAGGCAUCGCAGAGGCGCCGGCGCGAAAAGCGGCUAGCGACUCUUUCGCACAGCGCGCACGCGAUGCCCGGCGCUAUGCUGGGCCAAGAGGCAGGCACCGCCGCCGACACGCACUUCCCUGUCGGCCCGUCCUCCUCCAGUGAGUUGGACGGCGAGUACGUGACGGUCGACGUGAAGCCGCUCUUUAGCACAUCCAGCGGUGAAGAAGCGAGAACCCACAAAGGCGGUGCCGCGUCCACAAAGGCGCUGCCUUCCAACAACUUCGAUGACCUCCCUCUUGUCGUCCGGCAGGAGCUUCACCGCCUGCGGCAAGAGACGAAGGGCCCCGCAAAGACGAAACCUCGGAUGCGCAUGAUGAAGGAGCUGGAGAAAAUUCGCAAGAUCCGCAAGCACUCACGCAAGGGCCACGGCAAGCGCAAGGCCUCUGGCAAGCGUAAGAAUCGCAAAAAGUAA